AUGUGCAUCUCAGUGUAUAUCUUAUCUAGGUGCAUCUACAAAUUGAGAUCCCUUCCUGGUUACCUUAACUUUCAUUCUUACUGGAAUCCAACCCUAUUACAGUUUGGCGUGCGAAUUAAGCUAAGGAUAGAACUCAUAACGAAAGAGAAGACCCGAAACACGACUUACCAAAAAAGGAAACAUGGGAUCAUAAAGAAAGCUAUUGAAUUCACGGUUCUUUGUGAUGUUGAUACCAUUAUCAUCAUCUACUAUAACCAGCCCGAGAUUUGGCCGGAAAACCCCAAUCAAAUCAAGUAUACGAUCGCCUCUUACAAAGUGAAAAAAGUGAAGCUAGGAAGAGAACUUACGACCUCAAGGACUUCUUUCAGGACCGAAAGAAAAAGAUUGAAGACGAGCUUGUCAAGGCCCAGAAAAGAAACAUGGAAUCCAAGUACUCAACUUGGUUCGAUGAGCUUAAUGGUUUAUCGGAGGGGAAAUAGAGAGAUUUUCUAUCGGAUUGGAAAACGAGGAGACUAUUGUGAGAGGCCAGCUCGAACUCAAGAAGAAAAACAUCAACGUGCAGAUGCCAAUGCCAUUCCCGUUUAUUCACCAUGUGGCUUUGUACCCAAGUCUUGA